AUGCGCAGCAGCGCGAGCAUGCUAACCAGUCUCCAACGCAUCAUCAACGCGCCGCGGGCCGGUGGUUGUAACAUGGCGACUGGUGAAGGGUGUUCCGCCGGCGACCAUCACUACAUUGACCCUCUCUCCAACGGGCUUCCAAACGGCGGGCCGCUAAUGGCGCAGAUUCAGGCUGCCACGGCGCCACGUAGGCGAGAAGUGGAUGACAUUAUUCAAAACGCAUACGCUGCCAAGUCAACUGGCCAGCUGCGUUACCAGCUGACGCUGUCGCUUCGCUCCAUUCGCAUGGUCCGACGCAGUAUGUUCAUUGCGUCGCCACUUUGCCGUCGCACGCUCAAGUUCGCCAUUUCGCAGUUUAAGAAGGUUAACAGAUUUAUUCGCAAGGGCGACGUCGCACACGCGCGCAAGCAGACGGUGCCCCUCGCCAAGGCCGUUGUCGAGUGUCAGCGAGACGUCGGGAGCGUUAUCGCAAAGCGAAGCAGUAACGGCGCGCCCAAAGCUCAUGGUUACGAGCUCAAGACGGCGACGACACAAGGCACGAACCUGGGCGGUGGCAGCAGCAGCGACGUUGGCGAUUUCGUGCGAUCAUUGUCUGCACUCGACCAGGUCGCCUUCACGACUGCUGCGACGGCUGCGACGAUUCUCGCCGACAGCGGCGACGAGUACAGCGACAGCUUUCAGGAGUUGGAAAACGUGGUUAUUCGCCUGAGCGCCGUCGGACAGACGCUGAAGCGCGUGAGCGGCGCGCGGGGAAUGUCGCGCGGAAUUGUGGGGCCGGAGGCGCACCAGGGGUUGCAGGAGGUCAUGGAAAAGCCGCCGACGCGCGCGACGAGCAUCGUGGAUUUCGUCAUGGAUUACGGCGAGGAGCUGGUUACCACGCUCCCCAAUGACGUAACGACGCUGACUUUCAACGGCACGCUCGGCGCGCGCAUCCACUCCGCGCUGGCCUUCCCCUCGGGGGUGUUCUCCGCGCGCCUGCAGUGUCCGCAGGGGCAGGCGAGCGGGCUCGACACCACCUUCUAUCUGUCGACGGUGGAGGGCGGUCCGGGGACGGACGCGAUCGUGAUGAGCGUGUUCGGCAACGCGCGCACGCGCGUGCGGUGCAUGGUGAUCGUGGACGGCGUGCCGGGCAGCGCGCAGGAGGUGGAAGUGGGCGACGACUGCUCCGUGGGCUUCCAUAACAUCACCAUCAUGUGGAGCAAACAGCUCAUCAUAUGGAUGUACGACAACCAGGUAUUGCGCGUGCUAUCGCGCGACAUGCUCUCGCCCUUCCCGCUCUCCACCACCAUGUUCCUCUACGCCUCGCUCUACGACACUUCCCCCUACCCCUACGCCUGGCAAGCCGGAUACCUCCGCUCCUCCGCGCUCCCCUUCUCCGCCACCUACGCCGCGCCCACCGCGCUCGCCCCCGCGCCGUCCCUCAACUUCAACCUUCCCUUAGACCCGCUACUAGGCGCUCCGUUAGAGACACGCCCGAAGGGGCGGGUGAUGGGACGCGGAGCCAUGUGGCCGGUGGCGAUCGACUACUGCUCGACGCACGUGGAGACGCAGAGGGGGUAUCAGUCAAUCCGGUUCGACGGCACGGGGUGCGGCGGGCGCUUCCACUCCACGCUGCGCUACUUCAGCGGGAUUUUCUCCGCGCUCUACCAGUGCCCGCGCGGGAACGCGUCCGGACUCGUGUCCGCCUUCUAUCUGUCCUCCGAAGAAGGCAGCAGGUUCCAGGACGAGAUAGACUUCGAGUGGCUGGGCAAGAACCCGCGCGCCGUGCAGACCAACUUCUACGUCAACGGGGGGGGCGGCCGCGAGCUGCUCGUGCCGCUCGCCUUCGACUGCUCCGACGGCUACCACAACUACACGCUCUCCUGGACCAAGGAGAAGAUCCGGUGGUAUGUGGACGGGACGCUUGUGAGGGAGGCGUUAUCUAGCCAGUCGGAUGCGUAUCCUGUGAAGCCCAUGUAUGUGUAUGGUUCCAUGUGGAAUGCCAGUUGGGUGGUCAACGGCGGGUGGUCGGGCCCGUAUAGCGGCGUUGACGUGCCUUAUUUCGCCAAGUAUAAGGACAUUAGGAUUGGGACGGCUUGA